GCCUCCUCCUGGCUCCACAGACAGCAUGAUCCGCGUUGGAACCAAUUACCAGGCUGUAAUCCCCGAGUGCAAGCCUGAGAGCCCCGCACGCUACAGCAACAAGGAGCUGAAGGGGAUGCUCGUGUGGUCGCCCAACCACUGUGUGUCGGAUGCCAAGCUUGACAAGUACAUUGCAAUGGGCCAAGGAGAAGCACGGAUACACAUUGAGCAGGCACUGGGCAUGCUCCUCUGGCAUAAGCACGACGUGGAGAAGUCACUGGCUGACCUGGCCAACUUCACCCCGUUCCCCGACGAGUGGACCGUGGAGGACAAGGUGCUGUUUGAACAGGCCUUUGGCUUCCACGGCAAGUGCUUCCAGCGGAUCCAGCAGAUGCUGCCCGACAAGCUGAUCCCCAGCCUGGUGAAGUAUUACUACUCUUGGAAGAAGACCCGGAGCCGGACCAGCGUGAUGGACAGACAGGCUCGGCGGCUGGGGGGCCGAAAGGACAAAGAAGAGAGUGAUGAGCUCGAGGAGGGACGAGGAGCUGUGAGUGAGGGAGAGCCAGAUGCCGGAGACCCCAAGAGAGAGCCUCUGCCCUCUCGGCCUCUGAAUGCCCGCCCAGGCCCCGGGAAGAAGGAGGCCCAGGCCUCUCAGUAUCGCCACCACCCACUGAGGACGCGGCGGCGCCCCCCCAAGGGCAUGUACCUGAGCCCCGAGGGCCUCACUGCGGUGUCAGGAAGCCCAGACCUUGCCAACCUCACGCUUCGAGGCCUUGAUUCCCAGCUCAUCUCCCUCAAGCGUCAGGUGCAAAGCAUGAAGCAGACCAAUAGCAGCCUCCGCCAAGCCCUGGAGGGCGGCAUUGACCCACUCCGCCCCCCUGAGGCCAACACCAAGUUCAACUCCCGCUGGACCACAGACGAGCAGCUCCUGGCUGUACAAGCCAUCCGCAGGUACGGCAAAGACUUCGGGGCUAUUGCAGAGGUGAUUGGGAACAAGACUCUGACCCAGGUGAAGACCUUUUUUGUGAGCUACCGGCGCCGCUUCAAUCUGGAGGAGGUGCUGCAGGAAUGGGAGGCUGAGCAGGAUGGGGCCCCUGGAGCCCCGGUCCCCAUGGAGGAGGCUAGGAGAGGGGCUCCCUUGCCAGCCCCAGCCCUAGAGGAAGAUGACGAGGUCCAGAUUACAUCUGUCUCAACAUCUGUGCCCCGACCCGUGCCCCCUCCGCCACCCCCCCCUCCACCUCCCACCUCCCUGUCCCAGCCGCCCCCACUGCUGAGGCCACCUUUGCCCACGGCUCCUACCCUGCUUCGCCAGCCGCCCCCACUCCAGCAGGGCCGCUUCCUCCAGCCCCGGCUGGCCCCCAACCAGCCCCCACCACCUCUUAUCCGCCCAGCUGUGGCUGCCUCCCGUCACAGUGCCCGCCCUGGCCCUCAGCCCCCACCCACCCUGAUUGGAGCCCCCCUGGAGCCUCCAGCCCCCUCACUCUGAGCUCUGAGGCCCUCCACCCAGAGGCUCCAGAACACCUUUGCUGGAUGUGUUGGGCACCCCUGGCUUCACUGACGACAGAAGGGACUGGAGCUCUUGCCAGGUCUUUCAAAGACCCACAGCUGCUGACCAUCUUGGGCAGACCAGCAGUUCUGACCGUCUCUGGCAGCUGAGCCCAUCUCCCACAGCCCAACCGGGGUGGGGCUCAGGGCCCAGGGCCUCUGAGCUGGCCUGAGGGCACUUGCUCUUCCCGGAGGGGCGCAGUGGCUGCCUCCUAGUCAGCUGGAGUUUGGCCUUUUGGCCCUAGCCUUUGUGUAGAGGGGGUCCUGAUCGUAGCUUGGGGGGUGGGGGAGGACAUUUUGGCCUGUUGGCGGUUCUUCCUCUUCCCUUCUUUUAGCAAUAAGUCUGGGGUGAGGUAGGGAGGGGCUGGAGGGGGGAGGGGGCCGAGAGUCCCCUGGGGCUUGACAGCAGCUGAGACGUAAGGGGCGGCUCUCCCGGCUUUGGCCACACAAGAGGCCUCCAGGGACGCGCUGAGCUCUGAGGGUGCCCACUUCACUCGCCACCUGAAAGCUUAGAGAAAGAAACAGAUGCAGACAUGGGUUUAUUUUUCAAUGUUUUUUAAAGAAAUAAAACCUUCCAAGCUCA